AUGGUUGACUUCAAUACUAUCGCUUCAUUCGUUAUAACAGAUGAAACAGAUUUCAUGGAGAUUGAAAUAGAUGGAAAGAAGCACGAAAUAAGAUUUCACAAUAAUGUAGAAUAUAAGAUGGAAACAUUAGCUGGAGUGUUAAAUGCUCUCAUAAAUACUACAAUAAACAAGGAUAACGAAGAAAACUUAAUGAAUGUUAAACUUAUUGCAGGAGUUUUGAAGUUCAGUUAUGUGAAGGAGUUUAAGAUACCAAGAAUGAGUCAUAGAGUACAACUUCUUUUGGGUGCAUACCAUAUGACAUUUCCUUUGAAAAGUGUUGACAAAACAAUUGAGAUGAAAUCUGUUCCAUACGUAUGUUAUGGUAAUUGUUUAUACAUUGAGUUUAAAAUAGCUAAUGUCACAGGCAUUUCAGGAGUUAAUAGUAAAGGUUCAGUAGAAUAUAAAUCCUUCUGUUAUGCAGUCAAUUCAAUGUUCAUUCCAAACGUUCCUGUCAUAGCAACUCAUUUAGGUAAAUGGGUUCGCAUUAGUCCUCAUAAUUUGAAAGACAUGCAAUUCAGACUUGUUGACUUUCAAGGAGAGCCUGUAGAACUGAAGGCACCAAUGCGAAUGACUGUUGAA